AUGGCCACCGUUACUACCAAGCCAAAGCUCACCCAGCUCGAGACCCCGUUAACCUCAACCUUCCCCUCGGAGCUCUCUGGACCCUCAGCGCUUUCGGCAAGAAGCCCUUUGCCUGGCUAUGCCGACUUCAUCAAGCAAGAAGAGUUCAUCAAGACUCCCAUCACCCCUCCAGCCGCGUAUACAGACUUCCUCAAGGGCAUGAACAGCCCCGCGCUUGGGGAAAAGUCUGGACGAACAACACCUACCUCUGCCCCUUCAACCGGCUCGAGUGAUCACAGCGAUUGCUCGUGUGCUUGCGAAACUCACAAGUCGCCUACUACCACCACACCAAGUAAUUUCACCUUCCCAACAUCUGCUCCAUCAACUGCUAGACUUGGGCGCUUACGGAUACCACCAUCUCCAGCCUUCUCACCCACCGCCGAGUCACCACGAAGCGCAUCACUAAGAUCACCAUUCUCCGCGAGAAGUGCGCGAUCGCCUUAUGACUGGGACCUCAAGAGCGCAAAGGGAAGAUAUUUCGAUGUCAAAUCACCAGGCAAAGGUUCCCGAGCCAGUGUGCGUCAGGUCAGAGAGAUAGUCACCAGGACUGUCACAUAUACACAUACCCCCGUAAUGAGCCCGGCGCCCAAGGGAAAGAGGAGAAAGGUUGAAUAG